CCGCACCAGUAUCAGCAACAACCACAGCUCCAACAACAUCAACAACCACAGCUCCAUCAACAACAAUACCAUCAGCAACAACAACACAAUCAGCAACAGCAACCACACCAUCAACGUCAACAGCCGCCGCAGGCCCUGGCGGCCCCUCGCGCCGCGUCGUACUCGGGCCCGCAGUACGUGCACCCGCCCGUUCCCACGCUGUCGCCGCCCGCAGUCCACCUGCCCUCGACGCCGCAGAUGGCCGGCCGUGGCCAUGCGCCCGCCAAGAAGGCGCCGCCCAGCACGGCCAGCCGCUCCCGCGAGAGCCUCGAGGACACGCCGAAGCACGCGGCCAAGCACCGGCUCGAGGCUGAGCUCCGGGCAACCUUCGACCGCGUGGACGCCAACCGCUCGGGCAAGAUCUCGCAGCGGGAGCUCUCCGCGGCGUUGGUCAACUUCGACAACACGGGCUUCCGCCACUCGGCCGUGCGCCUCAUGAUCAAGCUCUUCUCCAGUCCCGCGUCGGGCCUGGCGUCGGGCUUGAACUUCGACCAGUUCGUGUCGCUCUGGAAGUACUUGACCGCCUACAAGAAGUUGUUCGUGGUGGCGGACGUCAACAAGUCCGGCGACAUCUCCUUCGGCGAGUUCCAGAGGAUCAUCGAGCAGAUCGGCUACAAGCUCAACGUGGACUUGGUGCUACAUUUGUUCCAGAAAUUCGCAGUCACCGACUCCCACGACGACGGGUCGGUUGCCGUCGGCAAACUCAAGUUCGACGCGUUCAUCGAGUUGCUCGUCUACCUACGCAAGCUCACGGACAUCUUCAAGCAGUACGACAAGCAGCUCACCGGCGUGGCCACGAUCGACUACCUGGACUUUUUGCUCGAAAUCAGCAACUUGACAUAG